UCCCUCCCUCCGUCCCUCACCGGCUGAGGUACUCGUCGUCGUCGUCGUCGUCGCCGCCGCCGGCGCCGCCGCCCGGGUGAAGCGCGAUGGAGGGGGCCUCGGCCGGGCGGUGGUACUUCAGCCGGGAGCAGCUGGAGAAGAGCCCGUCCCGCCGCGCCGGGCUCGACCCGGACAAGGAGCUGUCCUACCGGCAGCAGGCGGCCAAUCUGCUGCAGGACAUGGGCCAGCGCCUCAACGUUUCCCAGCUGACCAUCAACACCGCUAUCGUGUACAUGCACCGCUUUUAUAUGGUCCAGUCCUUCACCCAGUUCCAUCGCAACACGGUGGCCCCGGCAGCCCUGUUCCUAGCGGCUAAAGUAGAGGAGCAGCCCCACAAGCUGGAGCACGUGAUCAAGGUGGCCCACGCCUGUCUUCACUCCCAGGAAACACUGCCCGACACGCGGAGCGAGGCUUACCUGCAACAAGCCCAAGACCUGGUCAUUCUAGAGAGCAUAAUACUGCAAACCCUGGGCUUCGAGAUCACCAUCGACCACCCGCACACCCACGUGGUGAAGUGCACACAGCUUGUGCGAGCGAGCAAGGAUUUAGCCCAGACAUCGUACUUCAUGGCAACUAACAGCCUGCACUUGACCACGUUCAGCCUGCAAUACACCCCGCCCGUCGUGGCCUGCGUCUGCAUCCACCUGGCCUGCAAGUGGUCCAACUGGGAGAUCCCCGUGUCCACGGACGGCAAGCACUGGUGGGAGUACGUGGACGUCACCGUCACCCUGGAGCUCCUGGACGAGCUGACACACGAGUUCCUGCAGAUCUUGGAGAAGACCCCCAAUCGCCUCAAGCGUAUCCGCAACUGGAGGGCCUGCCAGGCGGCCAAGAAAUCCAAGGCGGACGAGCCCGGGAAGGACAAUGGCCUCUCGGAGCAGACGAUCCUGAGCAUGAUCUCCCGGAGCUCGUCGGACGUGGCGGUGGCGGGCCUGAUGAGCAUGUCGGCCGCCUCGGCCGCGCCCGCCCCGCCCGCCGGGCCGGAGGACUGCGCCCCGGACCCGCUGCCGGGCGACCGCUGGGCCCCGGGGCACGCGUCCGCCAAGCUGGAGGCCGCCCAGGGGCACCGGCCGGCCGAGGGCCUGGCCCUCCUCGGGCCGGAGCCCGGCCUGGCGCCGGACGGCGUGGCGGCCUUCCUCGCGCAGAAGCCGGGCGGCAAGGGGACCCCGGCGGCCAAGGUGUCCCUGAAGGAGUACCGGGCCAAGCACGCGGAGGAGCUGGCGGCCCAGAAGCGGCAGCUGGAGAACAUGGAGGCCAACGUUAAGUCGCAGUACGCCUACGCGGCCCAGAACCUCCUGGUCCAGCAGCAGAGGGAGCGCGAGGCCCAGCAGGACGACCGCCCGCCGCCCGCGGACAGGGCCGUCCUCAAGGCCAGGCCCCCUCCGGCGGCCGCGGGCGACAGAGCUCUCCCCUCGAGACCCGACGAGAUCAAGAUGCGCAUCAAGGUCCACGCGGCCGCGGCGGCGGCGGCCGACAAGCACGGGCCCGCGGACGAGGGCGGCGGCGGCAAGAGCCGGGAGCACAAGGAGAAGCACAAGAGUCACGCGUCCAACCACCAUCACCAUCACCACCACCACCACCACCAUCACCACAACCACCAGGCCCACAAACACUUGCACGGCCAGCCCGGGGCCGGGAGCAAGCGGCCCCCGGACCCCAAGCACGGCGGCCAGCCGGCCGCCCCGGCCCACAAAGGCUACGGCCCGUCCGGCGCCGCCGCCGCCGCCGCCCCCGCCUGCUCCUCCUCCUCCUCCUCCUCCUCCUCGUCGGCCUCCGGCUCCGGUCGCAAGCGGCCCCUCCCCGAGGACCUGGCCGUGGCCUACGAGGUCCCAGCCAAGACCAGCAAGUCGGCCCCUCUGACCUUCCCCUUCCCCCAGCUCCCGUCCGUGCCCCAGCUGGCCGCCCACAGCGUGGACGCCGGCGGCCUUCCCUUCGCCCCGGCCGGCUGCAAGGCCCGGGCCGCCCACGUCAAGGCGGACAAGGGCCCCGCGGGGGCCAACGGGCACAGCGCCCCUCAGCCCAUCGAUUACCAGGACACCGUGAACAUGCUCCACUCGCUGCUCAGCGCCCAGGGAAUGCAGCCCAGCCAGCCCCCCGCCUUCGACUUCCUCCACUCGUACGGCGAGUACCUGGCUCCCCGGGCCGGCGGGGUCCCCGCCCGGGCCUCCGACAAGCCCCGGCCGCCCCCCCUCCCCUCGGAACCGCCCCCGCCCCUGCCGCCGCUCCCCAAGUGA